AUGGACGUGUGCCACCUCUACAAGCUCCCGAAUGAGCUUCUCCUCCACAUCCUGGCGCCCAUGCCGACGCCCGCCCUGCUUCCUCUAACUGUCCUGUCGCACCGCGUCUACACGCUCGUCCUGCGCAUCCUACAUAACCGCCUCGUUGCCGCCGCAGACCUAGAGUCACAUUCCGUGCUCCUCGAAUGCUUCCAUCCCUCCGCGAAGCUCACCGAGCCACCGUUCUUCUGCACGUAUCACGGCACUGAUGGCCUCAAACUCUACGAUGGUUUUGCUGAGGAUGACAUGAACCUAGCCAGAAGGUUGGGCGAGAUGCGUAACCUGUAUUCGAGGUUUCGGCCGUAUCGGCGCGAGCUUGAGACUGGCGGGAGGAGGGUGCGCGGACCGCCCGGUGACGUACCUGGCAGCAGGACGUAUCCCGGGACGGCGAAGGAAAAAUUCACGGGCGAGGCUGUGAGGCAGAUAAUGAGCCUAGAUGGGCAUGAACUGUUCACGCAAUUGGUUGCGCAAACCAACCUAGUCAAGCUCGGCCCGCGUCAUGGCUUGUUUACGUGCUUCGUUGGGAUUGAAGAAGGCGUCGUGAGGGUAUGGCGUGAGUGGUUAAGGAAGAUGUCUGCCAAGGAAGAAGGAAAGCCUACCAAACAGCAGCAAGAAAUUGUAGAAGAAGUAGGCAAGGGGAAGGAACCCGUGAGAGAGAUCUCAGAAGAUAGGCAGGGCGUUAAUGACGAGCGGAUAUUGUGGGUCAGUCCGGCAAAGAAUACGGGUGUAAGCUUCCAUGUCAGGGAGAGGAAACUGAGAAGAGAUAUUCCCAUUUUGGUCAGAGCAGACGAGGAAGAUAUGCCAGUGAGCUAUGAGAUCGAGUACGAUGAGCUGUUCAUUCGCACAUCGCAUCUCCUCCUGAUGCUGGAGAAGUCUAUGGUUCAGGAAGACAACACUUCCGGAAAAGCAGUUGUCUUCGGGUCGUUCGGAUAA